AUGGAGGAUAAAAAUGAAAAUACUUCGAAAAAUUAUGGCACCAAGGCAAUGGUGGCACAAAUUUUUGCUACUAUAGCGCAGAGCUUCCUAUUAAUGAAUGUGGGUAUGGAAAUGGGAAUGCCCACAGUAGUAAUACAACAAUUGUAUCAAAAUUCAGGCAGUGAAUUCUCAUUAACAUUGUCUGAAAUUUCAUGGUAUGGGAGUUUAAUAUGUAUAUUUCAUCCGGCCGGAAGUUUUUUUUCUGGAAUACUGCAGGAUAAGUUCGGAAGGAAACGGUGCAUGAUUUUCGCCAACUUCCCCAGUAUUUUCGGAUGGAUUUUAUUAUACUACACACACUCCGUGGUUUCACUUUACGCGUCCACCGUACUGAUGGGCUUGAGCAUAGGAUUCAGCGAAGCCCCAAUAUUGUCGUACAUCGCUGAAAUAACCGAACCUAGGCUCAGGGGAUCGAUGACUUCGUUGACGUCUACAGCUCCUAUGUUAGGAGUAUCGUUUUUAUUCACUUUGGCGUAUUUAUUUGAAUGGCAAACCGUCGCAUUGCUGAGUACACUUUGUCCAAUCACUAGUAUAUGCCUUGUCAUGUUGAUUCCAGAGUCACCAUUAUGGUUGAUUGCUAAAGGAAAAAAUGGAAAAGCCAAAAAGGCGUUGUGUUGGUUAAGAGGAUGGGUGAAAACUAAUGUGGUCAAAACGGAAUACCUCGAACUCGUCCGAUAUAAUGAAAUAUCUGGAACCCAACAAUCAACAGGAAAAUUAACUCAAUUUAAGGACCCAUCAGUGUACAGACCUCUUAGACUAAUGAUAUUUUAUUUCCUUAUUUCCAUCAUCAUGAGCAGUAUGCCUUGGAGAACGUUCAUCAGUAAGAUCAUGACAGAAGUCGGUAUAUUGAAUAAUCAAAGUUUGUUACUGGUCGUUUUAUCUGUACUACAAACUAUCGGAUGCGUGAUUGUAGUCUUAACCGUGCAUUAUCUAGGAAAAAGGUUUUUGACUAAUUUGACAUUUUCAAUCAACACAUUAUUGAUGUUUCUAUUCGGCAUAUACAUAAUAGGAAUUAAGAAUGACUAUAUCUACUCAACUCCUUGGAUUCCUACAACUAUAUUAUGUGGCAUUUACUUUUUUGGAGCUUCAAUUAUGAUUUUGCCAUGGAUGGUACUUGGCGAAGUUUUUCCGAACAAAAGUCGAGGAAUCGCAGUUGGUUUGUCUGCAGGAUUGUCAUAUUUACUAGUAUUCAUAUUAACAAAAUCAUACUUAGCCGUAGAGAACCUAUUAACCUUGGAAUACACGAUGGUAUUCUACGGUUGUUUUGGCAUUUUUGGAUCACUUUACUUAUACUUUUAUUUACCAGAAACGGAAAACAAAACACUAUUAGAAAUUGAAGAAUUUUUUACAUGA